GUGGCCAAGGGUUUGGGGAGGGCAGAGGCACUCCCAGAGGGCAGGGGCAGGAGUGGGGGGCUUGGGCAGCCCUGAUGCCUUAGCUCUGUUGUGUAUUUAUGUACUUGUGGCCCCCCCCGCGCUGGAGGGGUGCAGAAGGAAGUGGGGCUGGCCGGUGGCUGGGGCUCCUCCACGCACCCCAGCACUGCCUGCCCCGCGCCUGCGCCCAGCCGCAGAGCAUGGGGUGAGACAGGGCCGGCGAUACGGGGCCGACAGCCCGCCCAUGGCUCCGUAGCAAGGGGCACCCGUCCCUGUCCCUGACCCCCCGGGAGAGGGGCCUAUGGGUGGCGGACGGAGGGAUGCUGGGCCGGGCUGGUGGCAGGAGGAGCUACAGCCCCUACUUGGCUGGGCACCGCAGGACGGGCAAUGCCAACGCGCCCAAACGCUCCCUGGACUCGCUGCCCCACGCGCUCGCUGUGCGGCUGACGGACCUCUCCCGCAAGGAUUGCCUGGAAGCGCCCGGCUCCAGCCUGGGGGAGCUGCCCCCCGCCAGCUCCAAGCUCAGCACCAGCCCCAGCGCCAUGGGCACCCUCAAGCGCCCCACCAGCCUCAGCCGCCAUGCCAGCGCCGCCGGCUUCCCCCUCACCCCGGCCGGCCCCAGGGCCGUGCCCAAAGGCCACAAGACCCCCACGUCCUCCUACAGCCCCAUGGACGGCGGGGAGGGCCCCUUCAUCGACACGGAGGACAUCUCCCAGCUCCUGACACAUGUGGCCCGCUUCGCUGAUGCCCUGGAGAACCUGCGGGACGUGGUGCUGCGGGACGACCCCAAGGAGCCCCAGCGGCCGUUGGCCCACGAGUGCCUGGGUGAAACCCUGCGCGUCCUGCGCCAGGUCAUCAACAAGUACCCGCUGCUCAACACCCUUGAGACCCUGACGGCCGCCGGGACCCUCAUCUCCAAAGUCAAGGGGUUCCAUUACGAAUCCAACAAUGAGGCGGACAAGCGGGAGUUCGAGAAGGCUGUGGAGACCAUCGCGGUGUCCUUCAGCAGCACCGUGUCCGAGUUCCUCAUGGGGGAGGUGGACAGCAGCACCAUCCUCUCCAUCCAGAACCAGACUAUGGAGAACCUCUACGGGGGGAUCCCCGGGCCUGGAGGAGAUGGCCUGCCUUCAGGUAUGGAGAGCUGUGCCACGGGCUGUCCCCCUGCCGAGGAAGUGGAUGUGUUGCUGCAGCGCUGCGAGGGGGGGGUAGACGCUGCCCUCCAGUACGCCAAGAACAUCUCCAAGUACAUGAAGGACCUCAUUGGAUACCUGGAGAAAAGGACCACGCUGGAGAUGGAGUUUGCCAAAGGGUUUCAGAAGAUGGCCAAUAGCUGCAAGCAAACCUUCAGCCAGGAGGCCAACAUGCCCUUCCUGUCCAUCUACCUGCUGACCCUGGAGCAGGACAUGGAGCACGGGACGUCGGUUCUGCAGGCUGCCAACACCCUGCAGCAACAAACCUUCCUCCAGCCGCUCUCAGUGAGACGCCUGGAACAUGAGAAGAGGAGGAAGGAGAUCAAGGAGCAGUGGCACCGGGCGCAGAGGAAGCUGCAAGAGGCAGAGGCGAACCUGCGCAAGGCCAAGCAGACCUACAUGCAGCGCAGCGAGGAGCACGACAAGGCCAAGUACAUGGCAGUGAAAGCAGAAGAAGACCAGCAGAGCACCACCAGCAGCAUCACCACCAAAACCCUGGACAAGAAGAGGCGUCUGGAAGAAGAAGCCAAGAACAAGGCGGAAGAGGCGAUGGCCACAUAUCGGACCUGUGUUGCGGAUGCGAACACGCAGAAGCAGGAGCUGGAGGACACCAAGGUGAACUCCUUGCGCCAGAUCCACGAAAUGAUCAAGCAGAGCGACCAGGUCAUCAAGCUGGCCACAAUCUCCUUCUAUCAGAUCAUGCACAUGCAGACGGCGCCGCUGCCUGUCAACUUCCAGACGCUGUGCGAGAGCAGCAAGCUCUAUGACCCGGGGCAGCAGUACGCCUCGCACGUCAGGCAGCUCCAGCGCGGCGACGAGCCCGACACCCAGUACGACUUCGAGCCCUACGUGUCACACAACGCCUGGUCCCCCUUCACUCGGGCACGGAAAGGCAGCUUCAACGCUGAGUUCUCAUCAGGAGCUGGCUCUGAUGGGGCCGGGCUGCCCAAGGACGGGGCUGUCUCGGAAGGAGGAGCAGGAGCCAAGGAGCAGCACGGGGGGGCCACAGCUGCUGAGUGCAGAGGUGGGAGAGGACACCAGGUCCAUAAAUCCUGGCCAACCUCCGUGGCCGAAGCUGGCAGCAGCCUGGAUUCAAGCACAGGGGAGUUCAGCCACAAGCUCCAGAGGUUGUCUUCCAAUGGCACCGUGUCCUCCAGCGAAGAGCUGGAGGAGAAGGAUGAGAAUACGGCCCCCUUCGAGCAGGGCAUCAACGGGAUCACCCCAGAGAUGACGGCUCCGACAGGGCCCUUCCGAAAUGUUGGCUUAUCCAAGGCUGCCCAGACCCAUCGGCUGCGGAAGCUCCGUACCCCUUCCAAGUGUCGGGAGUGCAACAGCUACGUUUACUUCCAGGGAGCAGAAUGUGAGGAGUGCUACCUGGCUUGCCACAAGAAGUGUCUGGAAUCCUUGGCCAUCCAGUGCGGGCACAAGAAGCUCCAAGGGAAGCUGCAGCUUUUCGGGCAAGACUUCACAAAGGCUUCUCAGAGCAGCUCCGAUGGCAUCCCCUUCAUCAUCAAGAAGUGCAUCACCGAGAUUGAGAAGCGGGCACUGAAAACCAAGGGCAUCUACCGAGUUAACGGCGUCAAGACCCGUGUGGAGAAGCUCUGCCAGGCGUUUGAGAACGGGAAGGAGCUGGUGGAGCUGUCCCAGGCCUCCCCUCAUGAUAUCAGCAAUGUCUUGAAGCUCUACCUGAGGCAGCUCCCAGAGCCCAUUAUGCCCUUCCGCAUGUACAACGAGCUGAUGGGCCUGGCCAAGGAGAGCUUGCAGGGCGGCGAGGCCAAGGGCAGGAGCGGCAAAGGGGGCCCUGAGCUGGAGGACAAGGGAGCUGACACCGACAAGGUGGUGGUGAACCUGGUGCUGAAGCUGAAGGAGCUGCUGAAGGAGCUGCCCCGGGAGAACAUGGCCACGCUGCAGUACCUGCUGCAGCACCUGAGGAGGAUUGUGGAAGUGGAACAGGACAACAAGAUGACCCCAGGCAACUUGGGCAUCGUCUUUGGGCCAACGCUGAUGCGCCCAAGGCCCACGGAUGCCACCAUUUCCUUGUCCUCGCUGGUCGAUUACCCGCACCAAUCGCGCAUCAUCGAGGCGCUCAUCAUCUUCUAUCCCACCAUCUUUGAGAACAAGGAGCCGGCGGCGCUGGGUGACUGCAGCAAACACGCUCCAGACGCCACAGGGGAGGCAGGGACCUGCUCUGAGCUGGGCUCCCUCUGUCCCGCAGAGCCGGGCGACCGCUCCGUCGACUCGGACUCGGAGCUGGAGGACAGCGGGGAGGCGCUGGCGGCCGCGCACGGCGCCGCCCGGGCCCGGCUCACCAAGCAGGAGAGUGAGACCAGCACCGACGACGCUCAGUGCUGCGAGGACGGGAGCGAGGAGCCGCGGAGCCGGAGCUGCAGCACGGGCCAGUCGGAUGCGGAGGGUUCCGCUCCGCGCUGCCGCAGCCCCUCGGCUGAGGAGCAGAGCGAUGCCGAAUAACCCGAGCGCUGCCUCCCCGCAGCCAAAGCAGAGAGCGCCACAUCCAGGCGCGGACGUGGGGAGCUGUGUGUGAUGCUGAGGGGUGGGGAGGGACAGACGGAGCUGCGGGCAGCUCGGGGAGGGGGAUACGAUCCUCGCUGUUUGGUGGCUGGAGCUUUCAUACAAACCCCCUGAGCCCCUCAGCUCCCAGGGGGGACAUGGGGUCGGUCUGCGCCUGCAGGGAGCCCCUGCGCAAUCCAUGAGGCUGAAGGGAAGGAGCUGAAGCAGGGCAGACCCUUUGCUUGUUGUUCAGGAACCUGAAGCCAGGUCACAUUUUCACUGUGCUCCUUAACCCCGCACCUCCACUGCAGAAAUGGAGGUAGGAUGAGUCAAAAGGGUCCCAUCACCCUCCUGGCUGCAGCUGGGAGACAAGGGACACAGGGACAUUCCUGACAGCGGGAGAAGGGCGCUACACAGACAAUGGACAAGGCCAAACCUGGGGAGCAGCUCCCCAGGAAGGGGACAUGGCCCAAGGAGCACUGGGGCCAGUGCAGCCGGGUAAAAGCCACCCGCACCCUGGGGCAUGGAGCCAGACUCGGCUUUAGGGCUGCGGCUGCACCACGUUUCGGGUACAUUCAUCAUUUAUAACGGGCUGAACCAGGCACCCAAAGCCCAGCAACACAUUUACUGCCUCAGCACAUAUUCAAGCCCGUUACGUGCCUUCCCUGGCUGCAAGCUCCGCACCGCUGCUUGCAUUUAUAGACAUUGUCUACUCAGCAGGAGCCACGCCAGGAGCAGCCACGGGCUGUGAGCAGGCUCGGGGACAGGCUGUGCUGCUGCAGGGCCCCAUCACUCAGGGGGGUUGGUUUGGGAGACAUUUGGUCUCCAAAAAUCUGAGCUGCAAGUCCAGAACCUCACCUCUGCGCCCUGGAGAUGGAGCUGGGUGGGGAGCAGGUCACUGCGGGAUGAUGCCUCCUUCUUCUCCUCCUCUUUCUUCUCUUCCUCCUCCUCAGGACCCCCACGGCCUGAGGCGAGCCACAGCUCUACCAGUGUAAGAGGCUUCUCCUUUUAUGACUCCCUCGUCCAUGACCCCACUACCUCCUCUGGCUUAACAAGGGUUAAACAAGACCAGCCAAAGUGUUUGAAAGCUCUGACUUUUCUGCACUGAAGCAUAGAGAAACAAGUAGAUUUGGAGCUUAUGAAGAGCUGAAAGCUGCUUCCUUCUCUCACCCUGCUCGUACCUGGGCUGCGUUCCUGCUGUCACCGAGUGAAGACAGUGAUCGAUGGAUGGAUGGAUGCACAAGGGCAGCUCAUAACAGCUACUCACAGCCCACGGUCCCAGAGAAACUGCAUGAAUCCAAAGCUGUUUCCUGACAAUCAGCCAGGACCUGAUAGUGUAGAACCAGAUCCCCUCAAAGGAUCCAUCCUGGCACAGGGGGUCACUGCUGGAGCUCUCCAGACCAGAGGGAACCGUGUCUCAGCAGAGCAGGUCAAAGGUACACACAAAACCCAGUGAAUUUCCACUGAAAUGGUUUAUAACUGAGCUAAAGAAGAGCAAGAGAUGCCUGAGGGACACCCUGCUCCUCAGCUCAUCACCAGGACACUGGGAACAAGUGGUGAAUGCUCCAUCCCUGGCAGUGUUCAAGGCCAGGCUGGACAGAGCCUUGGGGGACACGGUCUAGUGAGGUGUCCCUGCCCAUGCCAGGGGGUUGGAACUGGAUGAGCUUAAGGUCCUUUCUAACCCAAACCAUUCUAUGAUUCCAUGAUUUUUCUAGGUCAUUUCCAGGGUGGCGAGAGGAAGGAGGCCGAGGGCCGGCUCCUGCUCCCGCACUGCACCACACGGUACCAGGCGUGUUUGGGAGAAUGGGUGACAAUGAGUGUGAGUGAGGGGGGGGACAAAAGCUGCGCUUGAGCUUCCCGUGGCAACGGGCACCCUCUGUUUGUGUCAAUUCAGCACAGGAACAGUGAAGCUGUUUGUUCCAACACGCUCAUCAGCCGGGUGUGACACGUGUUGGGAUUGACACAAGGCCAAGAAUAAAAUCCCUGUGUUCCUA